UUAUCGAGUCGCAGGAAGAGACCCUACUAUUAGGGACGGAUUGGUUUAAUAAGUCUAGAGCAAAGCUAGACUUUGACAAAAGUACACUACAUGUAAGAUAUCUAGGUAAGCAAGCCACCAUAAAUGCAACCCAUGUAAGUAACGGAGUCAUUGAACAAGAUUUUGACGAAUUUACCGACGAAGAAGAAUGGAUCGAUGAACUUGAAAAUGAUAGUGAAGAGAUUCAUGAGGCCUUCUACACCGACGAAUGUAUAUCAGAAGAAGAUGAGCUAUAUUAUAAUCCAUGGACAGAUCAAAAUCCAGCAGUAUAUUUAACCGAAUCGUUGGAAAAUCGUCAAGAACAAGAAGAAAUUCUAUUUGAAAUAAAUAAAGAACUCCCAACGGAUCGGCAGCACCAGGCAAAGGAUCUACUGCAAGAGAAUAAGUAUAUUUUUGCAGAAAAAAUAA